AGUAGGUAUAGAUAUAGAUAUAGAUUGGUGCUAUACGAAAGAUUGAACAUUUAUAAUAGAAAAUACAUGAUCAGAUCAUUGGUGAUAUACGAAAGAUCGAGCAUUUAUAACAGCAAAUAUACGAAAUAACCGAGAAAUACAGCCCAAAGCAUUUUCCGCCAGGACCAGAUGCUAUUUAUACACCACAGUUACCAUCCCAUUGCGUUGCUUCCAACAGAUCGUGCCAUGCAUCUUGCCGGACGGUAGCGUUGCUUCCUCCCAGCUUGAUUGACUCCACCAACUUCGCUGACAAAGCCAAUUUAGCCAUGUCCGGCGAUGGCCAGAGCGGCUCCGCAAGGGCGCACUUCGUGCUGGUCCCCAUGAUGGCGCAGGGUCACAUCAUUCCCAUGACCGACAUGGCGCGCCUGCUGGCCGAGAACGGCGUGCAGGUCACCUUCAUCACCACGCCAGUGAACGCGUCCAGGCUGGCGAGCUUCGCCGCCCACGUGGAGACAGGCCUGGCGGUCCGGCUCGUGGAGCUCCAUUUCCCGGCAGCCGAGUUUGGUCUACCGGACAUGUGUGAGAACGUCGACAUGAUCCAAUCCAAGGAUCUGGUGUUAAACUUCUUGGAGGCAUGCGCCGCGCUUCGGGAGCCGCUCAAGGCGCACCUCCGUGAGCAGCAGCAGUCGCCUCCGAGCUGCAUCAUAUCUGACACGAUGCAUUGGUGGACCGGUGACGUCGCAAGAGAGCUUGGUAUCCCGAGGCUCGCCUUUAGUGGCUUCUGUGGCUUCUCGUCCCUUGUCAGUUACAUCAUUUGCCACGACAACUUAUUGAAACACGUCACAGAUGAGAAUGAGCUCAUUACGAUCUCAGGGUUCCCUACACCACUGGAGUUGGCAAAGGCUAAAUGCCCUGGACGCAUUCCCAUUCCAGGUAUGGAGCAAAUUCGUGAGAAGAUCUAUCAAGAGGAGCUGAGAUGCGAUGGCGUAGUCCUUAACAGCUUCAAAGAGCUGGAGACAUUGUAUAUCGAAUCCUUUGAGCAGGUGACAAGGAAGAAAGUAUGGACGGUCGGGCCAAUGUGCCUCUGCCACCAAAACAGCAACACAAUCGCCGCAAGAGGAAACAAGGCGCCAAUAGAUGAGGCAGAGUGCUUGCAGUGGCUUGAUUCAAUGAAGCCAGGCUCAGUGAUCUUUGUCAGCUUUGGCAGCCUCGCCUGCACUGCACCUCAGCAACUUAUUGAGCUCGGCCUGGGACUUGAAGCCACCAAGAAACCAUUCAUUUGGGUGAUCAAAGCAGGAGAUAAGUUUCCAGAAGUUGAGGAAUGGCUCUCAGAUGGCUUCGAGGAACGCGUCAAAGACAGAGGCAUGAUCAUAAGGGGCUGGGCGCCACAGGUGAUGAUCCUGUGGCACCAAGCCGUUGGAGGAUUUAUGACGCACUGUGGGUGGAACUCAACAAUAGAGGGCAUCUGUGCAGGCGUGCCCAUGAUCACUUGGCCGCACUUUGCCGAGCAGUUUUCAAAUGAGAAGCUGGUGGUGGAGGUGCUGAACAUUGGGGUGGAGGUUGGAGUGGAAGGAGUUACACGGUGGGGACAUGAACACAAAGAGGCUAUGGUUACAAGAAAUGAUGUGGAGAGAGCAGUGUACGCCCUGAUGGAUGAGGGGAAAGCUGAAGAGCAGUUCCGGGUGAGAGCAAGAGACUGUGCCAUUAAGGCAAGGAGGGCUUUCGAUGAGGAAGGUUCUUCAUAUAACAACAUAAAGCUACUGAUUCAAGAAAUGGGAAACAAGACAAAUGCAUGUGGUUGAUGCACAUGGUGUAAACUUAAUAAAAAGAUUUAUUUUCCAAAUAACCAGUAGCUUGUAUCAGGGUCACUGGUGGUGGCCUAAUUGUUUAGAGAUUAGGCAUGGUCCAAAUGAGUUGACAGCAAUAUCGAUUAUCCAUACUGUUAUACAGGUUCCAUGGCAGUCAACAUAAUGUUACACACAGUCUGAUUUUCCAGAUGUUAUGUUCUCCCUUCCCUUUGUCUCCCGCUAGCUCAUCAGAGUUAAUAAGAGUUGGAAAAGGGCAAAAUAUAAAAUAAAAUGUAUCCACACAAUCAAAAACUGACACUGAAAGAACGAGGUAAUUCGAGGUGAAUAAUCGAAAGAAAAGAAGGAAUUAGAAGCAGCAUAAAGUGCACAAGAAAUUAGAAGCUUAUGUUUGACUGAGUAGUGUGACGAACAUUAAGUUUCAAGGAUCUCUUCAAUCCUAAUCCUAAAAAAUGGUUUGAGGAGGGCCAACUCAAGAUUAAUGAAGAAAACAUUUACUUCAGGUGCCACAUUCCUGCUAAAUAUGCACUUUAACCUUCUAAAUAUAUUUUUUUGGAUAAAAGUAUGUAUUUUCUCCCUCCAUACCAAAAAAUAAUACGUUUUUGCACUUCAAUUUGAACUACAAAAACGUCUUAUAUUUUGAUAUAGAGGUAUCUAAUAACUGUGGGCACAGAGAUGUGUGAAUAACUUAUACUAUGGUAUAAAUAAAUGCAUCUAAAUAGAGUGGCUAUUCCACAAAAUGUUUCAAGAUUUACUGAGCAACUAUGAACAAGCAUGGUGAAAUAUUCUACAAUCAAAGCAGGUCAAUGUUUUGAGUUCAUUACAAAUUCAACUACCAACUAGGCAACGGGAUUGAACAUAUGAAAGCUGCAGAUUGGUGGAAAUAGAACGAACCUGGUU